AUGGAGCUGAAGAGAGCGGAAACGGCUGAGGCAGCGUGCUCUCGCGGAAGCCCAGGCGGAGAAACUGCAUUCUGGAGAAAGAAGUUUCUCAUCGUUGUGACAGGCGCCAGCGGAGGCAUUGGCAGGGGCAUAGCGGCCAGUUUCGCCGAACACGUCGCGAAAGGAUCGCUCCUCGUCAUUACGGGUCGAAACACGGCCGGUCUCGAAGAAACAAAGCGGAUUAUCGCAGCUCUGGGACGCGAAGUCAACGUGAGCGUCGAGACCUGCGACCACUCCAGGGCCCUUUUCCGGGACUACCAGGACCUUCUGGAACGAGCGUCGGCACGACUCCCGGAUCCGGACAGGGUUGUGCUCGUGCACAACGCCGCGACGAUUGGAAACUGCUCCGACUAUGCCGUGUCAUACGACGACGAGAGAGCGAUCGGCGACUACUACCGCUUGAAUCUAACGUCCGUCAUGACGCUGACCGCGGCGUUCCUCCGGCGCUAUGACUCUGACUCGGGUCCGACGCGAACAAUCGUCAACGUCUCGUCCAUCGGGGGGAUCAUGGCAGUACCGAAGGUCGGCCUAUACUGUACAGGCAAGGCAGCCCGGGAGAUGUUCAUGAGAGUGGUGGCCGCAGAGAACCCGUCGGUGACCGUCUGCAGUUACGAUCCAGGAGCGGUGGCUACAGCCAUGCUCAAAGAACUCUUUGGCUCCCAGUAUGAAGGUACGAAGUUAAGGUAUAAAGUCAAAACUGGCACUGUCAUAAGCCCGGAGGUGACAGCCGGUCGACUGAUUCGCAUCCUCGAACACGGAAACUUCAAGUCGGGGGAUCACGUCAGACACUCGGAGGCUCCCUAA